AUUUUCACACAGGCACUCACAUGAACUUGCUCUAAACAUUCUGCCUGGGGUCCUUCCAAGCGCACCCUUCCAAGAUGGCAGCCAACAGUAGCAGCACGGCUGGCAAAUCCAGCAAUAGCGCCGGUGGAAAACAGUCCGGCCCGUCAGCCGAGCAGGUGGUGGCGACAUUUCAGAGGAUGCGCCAGGAGCAGCGCAGUAUGGCUUCUAAAUCGGCAGAGUUGGAGAUGGAGAUCAACGAGCACAGCUUAGUAAUUGACACCCUGAGGGAAGUGGAUCCUUCGAGGAAAUGCUUUCGUCUAGUAGGAGGAGUGUUGGUGGAGAGGACGGUAAAAGAAGUUCUACCAGCCUUGGAAACCAACAAAGAACAGAUCUCCAAAAUAAUCGAGUCCAUCAACACACAGAUGCAGACUAAAGGACGGGAGCUCACAGAGUACAGGGAACGCUACAACAUCCGGUUGGUGGGAGAGGGUGAAGGAGAGGCACAAGGCCAGUCGGCAGCAUCUUCCAGGGACAGCGAAGGAGGCGGUUCUAAAAGCGGAGCUGGCGUUUUAGUGUCAUAGUUUGUAAUAAUAGAGGGCGAACUUAGGGCCUUAUGAUUUCUGCAGUACUGAAAAUAGAGUUGGAAUCACAAAAUCUAGGUUUCAAAAUUGAACUUUUCACAGGAUGAAUUAGGUUUUGGAAAUUGUUCUGCUGAACAUAUUGGUCUUGGUAUUGAAGUACUUUGCAACAGGCAAACUCACUAUCCGUACUGUUCUGCUUACAUAUGUGAAUGUUAGUGUGUGUAAAACAUUAAGGGUGUUUGUCUUACAUCUGCCAUCUGCCUUUCAGGGAAGCUGACUUUUUUUUUUAUGUGGCAUAAAUUAAACAAUUCAAUUCUGAGCACUUGUUUUAGUCUUACUCUCAUUUACACAUGAGCAAGUAAAUAUUUUACUGCCUCAGAUUACAGAAAAUUUUUUUCCACACGUAAGAUAAUUGUAAAAUAUAAUUGGCAUGGUGCUGGUUUAAAAUGUUAAAGUAAAACAAAUAGAUGAUUUGAAAUGCCUAGAACAUACAAGACUUAUGAGUGCGCACGGCUAUUAAACAAAAACUAGAUUACAGUGCAUUUUUUAAGUAAACACGCUUUUGCCUUUUGAAACUUUUGGAUUAGAAAUUAGAAAGCUGAUUUCAUAGGGCCCUAAAAUAGGUUGAACUUUGCAUAAGUCACCCUUGCCAAGGCAGUACAGGUCCUGGAAGGCAUUUUGACAACAUGUCAUGAGCAUGAACAAGAUAUUAUACAGUAAACAUGUCACUAUAGAUCAAAAUGACUGUCAGCUUUAUUCACCCUUUUUCUAUGAAACAUGUUAUCACAACUCAUACUUGUCUCCACAAGCCAUGCACAGAAUGGCUGCUGAUUUAUAUUCAUCAUAUGAGGUCAGUUGUUCUUCAGUGGUUAUUAAAGCUCACUUUAUGAUGUGAUAAGAAGUCAGUGCUACCACAACCUUAAUAAAGCCCUGUCAUUGAAAACACAAAA